CACUCCACGAGUUGUUGCCUUACGUCCAUGGUGACGAAGCCAAACCCGAGCUCAUCGGCGCUCUUUUCAAACUUAAAACGUCACCAAACUUUAAAAAAUAACGCUAAGUAUACCAUAUGUAGUGACAAUGGUUCCGUUGUUCUGAAUGCGCCCAAAACAGACACUUACGCGGGUCCAAAUGGUCGUUGGGGACGUUAGCUAUCAGACAAAACUGCUUCCUUCCGUCUGAGUCAUGGAAAGAAGCGCCGAGAGGAAGUUUGUCAACUUGAGAAAGCGUCUGGACCAGCUGGGUUACAAGCAUCCUCUUGGAAUAGAAUCACUGCCACUAGUUGAGAAACUAUUCAGUGAUCUAGUCCGUACUACUGAAAGCCUGCGCAAUGCAAGACUGUCACAAGGGAAGAACGAGAAAGAAUGCCUCAACUGUGAUGUUCUUCUGGAGCCAUACAGGGCAGAUAAUGCCCGACUGGUCAAGGAGAACAAUGAAGUCCACCAGGAGCUUCUGAAGGUGAUGGAGGAGAAGGACCACGCCACCAAAGAGCUGAAAACCCGCAUCAGAAAACUGGAACACCACACUUGUGACCUGACGUUCCUUAACAACCAAUACAUGCACAAGCUCCGCUGCCUGGAGAAGGACGGCAAAACCAAAGCUGAGCGAAUCCUGCAGCUCCAGGAAAAGAACUUGCAAGCAGUGGUGCAGACGCCAGGUGGAAAAAAGCGCAGUAUCCCUUUCAGGCGUCAGAGGAUGCAAACAGAAGAGCUCAUCCCUCCACCCACGACAUCAGCUUACCCCGUAUCCCAGCCAGACGACCCGUACAUAGCAGAUCUGCUGCAGUUGGCCGAUAAAAGGAUUCUUGAUCUGGAGGAAGAAGUCACAAAAAUCCAGUAUGCGUUGGAACAGUCCCAUGAAUGUAUACAACUGUUAAAUACUCAAGUGUCCGAGAGGGACAGAGAGAUAGAGCGUCUGAAUCGUUCACUUCACGGAGGGCGACCCCGUGAUGUCAUCUCUUUGGAGGCUCAGAACAUCAGCAAUGAGAAACGGAUUGCCCAACUUAACCUUCAAAUCGAUUUCCUGCAAGAUAGCAAUAGGACGCUACAGCAGAAGGUGGAGGGACUGCAGCAGAAGUCCUCCACCAAAGUGACCGAUCUCUCCAUUAAGAACUUUGAACUGUGUCAGGAGCUGACACACAUCGACGGGCUGGCCAAGCGGAUGGAGAUGGAUAAGAAGCGGGCCUUGGAAAUGGCUGAUCAGGAGUUGCUAGAUACUAAAGAAGUAAUUAGUCAUCAACAGGAAGUCAUUGAAAAUUUAGAAGAAAACCUUAAAAAGAUAAGAACGGAACUUUCCAAGAGGGGGUUUGAAACAGGUUCACUUGCUGACCAGCUGGUGGAGCUCAGAGGGCAGAAUGAGAAACUGGAGGUAAAGGUAGACUUUAUAGAGAGAGAGAAAGUCAGGCUGCAAGACAAAGUGGAGAAGAUGAUGUCCGCUGAAAGAGACAUAGUGCUGGAAUUGGAGGACAUGCGAGCAAAACAUGGCGUUUGCAGACGGGAUCGCUCCCCGUCGCGCUUGGACGCCUUCGUGAAGAGUCUAGAGGAGGAGAGGGAUCGCUAUCGCCAGGAGGCCGAACACUGCAAGAGAUUCCGAGGAGCUGGCAGCCCCAGUCGCGGCAGUCCAGACAGGAGCAGAAGUCCACGGCGCAAGGGAGGCGUUGAGGAAUCUGAGUUUCUCGCUUUGGUGAAGGAAAGAGAUGAGCUGAAGGCGGCUCUGGUGGACGUGGAGAAGCACACGGAAGACAUCCAGACGAAAGUGAAAGCUCUUAGCGCUGAAAGACACCACUUCAAAAUGAUGUUUUACCAGACACAAGAGAAGCUGGAGGAUGCCCGUGUACGCUCAAGCACGUCUGAUGACGUCUUGAACUUGAGAGAGGAGCUAAAGCUGGCAGAGAAUAAAAUCAUGCAGGUUAAUGCCGAAAGAGAUUUACUGAUGGAGGAAUUUAGGGUUGGACCGACUUCCGCUCUUCCAGAAGGACGUGGCCUAGAAAAGAGGAUUCUUGACUUGCAGGAUGUCGUUCACAGUCUCGAGCAAGAGAACCUGGAACUGCGGUCACAGCUUUUUGCACUAAAAGACAGCAAGCGGGAUGUUGAGCAGCAGUUGGAUGUUCAGUCUGCUGCCUUGCGUCAGAAUGUGGAGGAGUCGGCCAAUCAGAGGAAAGCCGCUACCAAUCUCAGGCUGCAACUGGAGCAGACGCAACAAUUACUUUCCGACCUCCAACAAACGCUGUCUGUCAAGACUAAUGAGGUGCGGGCUGCUCAUGAGGAAAUGGAAACACUUGAAGAAACAAUUGAGGCGCUGACUCAUCAAGUGUCCAAGUACAAGCAGGAAGCAGAGCUUCUUCAGAUGUCUUGCUCAGCACUGGAUAAGGAGAAAGAUGCUCUGCUGGAUGAGGUGGAUCAGAAGACAGAGAAGCUGGUUGUUCUUCAGGAGGAGCUUGCAAAGAAGGAAAAAACCCUUGAAGAUGUGAGGCACACAGUCACCGUAAUGGACAAAUCAUUGGCUCAGCUGCAGGGAGCGCUAAGCAGCCGUGAGAGGGAGAUCGGCAGCCUGAGGAAACAGCUGGAUGACGCUCAAGUAGAUGUGACGGCAUUACGAGACAGCAAAGAGGUCUUAGUCAGAGAAAAGAAGAGGCUUCAAGACGACCUGUCAACCAUGACAAGAGAGAACCAGGCGGUCCACAUGGAGAUGGAUGAGGCUUUACAUGAGCGGGAUGAGUUGAAGAUAAAAGUCCACUCUUACAUCGUUGCAGUGUCCAGGAUUGAGAACAUCUUGAAGACAAAGGAGCAGGAGAACCGAGACCUGCAGGAGCGCUUCCACACGGCCCACACUGACAAGGAGGAACAGGAGCUGAGGCUGCAGCAGAUUGAGCACAUCAAGAACUCCAUUCGCUUGGAGUUUCUUUCUUCCGAGACAGAAUGCAGGCACCUCCGCGAAAGCGUUAGCCAGAAGGAGCUGGAGAUCCAGCAGCAUGUAAAAGCCCUGCAGGCGUACGAGGCACAAGUUUCCACGCUCACUCGAGCAAUGUCCCGCCUUGAGGAGGAGCUACGCAAAGCACAGGAGGAGAAAGCGGGUCUCGUCGCUGACCUGGCCUCGGUCAGGGAGCUGUGUGUCGAACUGGACUCGGGCAAGGACCUUACCGUACGCCAGAUCGUGUCCAAGAACAUGGAGCUGGAACGGGUGGAAGGAGAACUGGAAGACGUUCAGUCGGAGGCGGAGUUGCUGAAGAAGCAGCUGGCGAGCGAGAGGCAAACCGUCCGCACCCUGAAUUCGCUGAUCUCCACCACUCGCCAAAAGGAGUUGCAAACCAGCCUGACGGCCAGCGAGAAAGAGUGUGAGCGGAAAGUCCUGCGCGACCGGCUCACUCUGGCCGACAAAAAGAACGCCGAGCACGCGAGGGAGGUGUCCAAGCUGCAAGGUAAAGUCUCUCAGCUUCAGACCGAGAUGGACGUCCUCAACAGACAGCUGAUCUCAGAGCGCUAUGAGCGCCACAGGGCCAUUCAGGAGAUGCGCCGACAAGGCGUGUCUUUCUCUCCCUUGCGGAGCUCGUCGUCUCACAAUGUCUCCACCAGUUCCCAGCACACGCCCCUGAACAGCUCCAGUGACAAGUCUACCAAUUAGAUGGGAUCACGUUGAUGUACAUUGCAGUAUUUCUGUUCAUGUAGAAUAGCACCAUGAACCGUGCCAUGUUGGAGCUUGUAUUUAUUGAGCCAUUAGAAUGAUACUGUAUAUUAUAGUUUAAUGUACAUCUUAGACUCAUUUUGGGUUGUUUCAUUGAUGAUUUUAUUUAUAUGGAAGUAUAUAUUUCUUUUUUUUAAUAAAUAUCAGCCUUUUUGUCACACAAUUAUCAGUAAAACUGAUGAAUAUCUGCCAAAGUAGUGAGUACAGUAGUUAAGGUUGUAUUUUAGACUCCAAUGUGUGAAUAAUGCACUACCGACAUCCAUCCAUCCAUCCAUUUUGUACCGCUUGUCCCUGUCGGGGUUCGCUGCAGCCUAUCUUCAGCUACAAUCGGGCGGAAGGCGGGGUACACCCUGGACAAGUCGCCACCUCAUCGCAGGACCAACACAGACAAACAUUCACACUCACACACUAGGGCCAAUUUAGUGUUGCCAAUCAUCCUAUCCCCAGGCAUAAGACCUGGUAAGUCCGAAAGAGAUGCAAUAUAGUGAUUUUUUGAGCACACUGCAGCUAGCCCUGGAUAGUCCCACUCCUUAAUACUUCAGUCACGUGCAGGAUUCUCACAGGAAUGAGGUAAAAAUAUGACCUUAUCUACUGUACAUGUUUGACACCUGUGUAAAGUUGGCCCCCCCACCUUGUCAGUCUCCCCUAACUUGUCCUAAUCGUUUGUGCCGUUACUGGUUUUAGGUUAUUCUAAAAUUCAUUUUCUGACUUGCGACAUCCAGUCCCCCCAACACACACACACGCACACAUCAGCUUGGCAAUAAUAUACAUCAAUUAAGUACUUUAUCUUGAUUUCUUUUUCUAUUUUGACAGAAAAAAAGACAUAUACUGCAUGCAGUUAUAUAUCUUUUAAACUUGUUCUUAUAAUGCAACAUAUAUUUUAUCAUACAUAGCCUUAUGAUUUCAAAGCAAGUUAUCCAUCAAAUU